AUGGUGCCCGGGUCGUCAUCAGAGCGUCAUGUUUUUUCAGCGUUUGUGGAUGAUUCGACGGUCUUCCUCCAUGAAGCCCGACAGCUUCCACGAGUGAUCGACCUCGUGGCUACUUUUGGGAAGUUGUCAGGUCUUACAGUACAGCCAUCCAAAAGUCAAGUGAUCUUCUUGAACACGGCGGUGUCAGUUACCAGCUAUGAAGGUAUACCUGUUUUACAAUCGGGUGCCACGACUCGAUACCUCGGGCACCAAGUCGGAACUGGUGAUCUGGCAGACGCCAAUUGGGCUGUCCGGAUACGAACGGUGCAGAGGUGGCUUGCUACGGCGACCCGUCUGGCGACUAGUGUGACGUUCCGGGCGCAGAUUCUGAAUGUCAUUCGGUUGCCUGGAAUACUAUUCACUGCGGCAGUGUUCGACACGCCUGCUUGGGCGGACCGAGAGCUCCGUAAUCUCCAGAAACAAUUUCUCUGGCGUCACUCGUUGUCAACGGAAUUAAGUCGGCACAAAGUCAAUCCGGGACUAUUAUACACGCCGCAAGCAGCGGGCGGCAUUGGAUUAAUCUCGAUUCCAGUGGCGGUGAAAGCGCAACGCAUUAAACAUGCACUUCUGUGGUUGACACAGCGGUCCGAUCGGUACGCAGUGGCCUGGAAAUAUUGGGCAUUUCAGGGAUCUCUCUCACAAGGUGAGCCGAUCAUUACACCGAGAGACCCCGGGCCUUCCCAACACACGAAACACCAUAUCCCAUGGACUGAAUUAAGGGUCGAGUUAGGGACAUGGCUUCGCCCGCAACCCUUAGAUCUUUCGGUCCUAAUGGACCAUCAUGCCACACAAAUGCCACUCCUCAUCGCUCAGACGUUAGGCUGGCGAGACGGGGAUCGGCUGACAAUUUCGUUGAAUGCCCCGUUGCCUCCGCCACCCUGUCCAUUUCCAGCCGAAACACGACGUUUUUGGCCAACCUUCCAGUGGGCGGACAACCCCUGGAUACGGGAUGGUACCGGAAACAAACUGACACAGCGCAAAUAUGAUCGAAUUCGGUCAUGUGCGCUGGCCGACUUGUAA